UCGUUUGUUUUUUUUCUAGGGCAUUGUAUUUGGGGUUUCAAAGAGAGAAAGAGGUGUGUGAGGGUGGAAGGGAGAGAUCGUCGUACAGACUCUUGCUGUAUGUCAGAUUGUAGUGAGGGCUACUACGGCGGAUUUAGUGAGCUUGCAAACCCCCUACAAUGGCCACAACUGCGGAAAAAACGACGUCCUGCUGCAUCGACAAACCCACUCCUCCUGUGCGCCGUGAGGCUGCAUCUGCCGUGGCCACCGAUGUCAUCGUGCAGGACUGGAGUGUUGCCACUACGGGCCGCCGUGAUGAUAAGCGCACUGCCGCCCUCUCGUCCAUGAUCCGCCCUGUCGAUGCCCUCCCUGAACCAUCUGCCAACCCUCCACCCCCCAAAGGGCUCCCGAUCAUGUUGAGAGCUCAGACGAGCCAUCCUUUGGAUCCUUUGUCCGCUGCAGAAAUCUCAGUGGCUGUGGCAACUGUCAGGGCAGCUGGAGCCACUCCUGAGGUGAGAGAUAGCAUGCGGUUUGUUGAAGUGGUGUUGUGGGAACCUGAUAAACAUGUUGUUGCAUUAGCAGAUGCAUACUUUUUCCCUCCAUUCCAGCCAUCACUACUUCCUAGAACAAAAGGGGGACCUGUGAUUCCGAGCAAGCUUCCUGCAAGGCGGGCUAGACUUGUGGUCUAUAACAAGCGAUCAAAUGAGACGAGUGUUUGGAUUGUUGAACUAUCAGAAGUACAUGCAGCAACUCGAGGCGGCCAUCACAGGGGGAAGGUCAUUUCAUCAGAAGUUGUUCCAGAUGUUCAACCCCCUAUGGAUGCCAUGGAAUAUGCUGAAUGUGAAGCUGUGGUUAAGGACUAUCCUCCAUUCAGAGAGGCGAUGAAAAAGAGGGGUAUUGAGGAUAUGGAUCUUGUAAUGGUUGAUGCCUGGUGUGUUGGUUAUCAUGGUGAGGCUGAUGCUCCUAGUCGCAGACUUGCUAAACCGCUUAUCUUCUGUAGAACUGAGAGUGACUGCCCAAUGGAAAAUGGUUAUGCACGCCCAGUUGAAGGCAUCUAUGUACUUGUUGAUAUGCAAACUAUGCUGGUGGUCGAGUUUGAGGAUCGAAAACUGGUUCCUCUACCUCCAGCUGAUCCUUUAAGAAACUAUACCGCAGGAGAAACACGAGGAGGUGUUGACCGGAGUGAUGUGAAACCCCUGCAGAUUAUUCAGCCUGAAGGUCCAAGUUUUCGUGUCCAUGGCCAUUUUGUGGAAUGGCAGAAGUGGAAUUUCCGAAUCGGUUUCAAUACUAGGGAGGGCCUGAUUAUCUACUCUGUUGCAUAUAUUGAUGGUAGUCGGGGUCGAAGAUCCGUGGCCCACAGGUUAAGUUUUGUUGAGAUGGUGGUGCCGUAUGGAGAUCCAAAUGAGCCACAUUACAGGAAGAAUGCAUUUGAUGCAGGAGAGGAUGGGCUGGGUAAAAAUGCACAUUCCUUAAAAAAGGGAUGUGACUGUUUAGGCUACAUCAAAUAUUUCGAUGCCCAUUUUACAAAUUUCACCGGAGGUGUUGAGACAAUUGAGAAUUGUGUUUGUUUGCAUGAAGAAGAUCAUGGAAUCCUAUGGAAGCAUCAAGAUUGGAGGACUGGCUUAGCUGAAGUACGGCGGUCCAGACGGCUAUCAGUGUCAUUUAUAUGUACUGUGGCUAAUUAUGAGUAUGGAUUUUAUUGGCAUUUCUACCAGGAUGGCAAAAUUGAAGCUGAAGUUAAACUCACUGGAAUACUCAGCUUAGGAGCAUUGCAACCUGGGGAAUCUAGAAAAUAUGGUACAACUAUUGCUCCUGGGUUAUACGCACCAGUCCAUCAACACUUCUUUGUUGCUCGUAUGGACAUGGCAGUGGAUUGUAGGCCUGGUGAAACAUUCAAUCAGGUGGUUGAAGUGAAUGUUAAAGUUGAAGAACCGGGGCAGAAUAAUAUUCAUAAUAACGCUUUCUAUGCUGAAGAAAAGCUGCUCAGGUCUGAGCUGCAAGCUAUGCGUGACUGUAAUCCUUCGUCUGCUCGUCACUGGAUUAUCAGGAACACAAGAGCUGUCAAUAGAACCGGUCAGCUAACAGGCUAUAAACUUGUUCCUGGUUCAAAUUGCUUGCCAUUAGCUGGUCCAGAGGCCUUUUUUCUGAGGAGAGCUGCUUUCUUGAAGCACAAUCUUUGGGUCACAGCGUAUUCACGUGAUGAGAAGUUUCCUGGAGGAGAGUUUCCUAAUCAAAAUCCACGGGUCAAUGAGGGACUCACUACCUGGGUUAAGCAGAAUCGGCCUCUUGAGGAAUCUGAUGUUGUUCUUUGGUAUGUCUUUGGAAUUACACACAUUCCUCGUUUGGAAGACUGGCCAGUCAUGCCAGUAGAGCGCAUUGGAUUUAUGCUUAUGCCUCAUGGUUUCUUCAACUGCUCCCCAGCAGUGGAUGUUCCACCCAGUGCCAGUGAGAUAGAUAUCAAGGACAGCGUGAUAACGAAGCCUAUACAGAAUGGUUUGAUUGCAAAACUUUGAGGAUCAAUCGACAUUAUAUCUCUUUGUUGCUCCCUUUGCGUUAAACAUUGGUACAUGUAAGAAUAAUUUGGACAGAUUGGUUUGCAUGUUGGCAAGUUUUAGCACUGAUGGUUGCGUCUUAGUAAUGGUGGCUCCAUGUUAUUUUGUGUAACCAACUACUUGGAUUGAUGCUUCAUGCUUUAGUUGUUUGCCUAGCAA